AUGGAAAUGGAGCUUGGAAAGUUGUUCAUUGGUGGGAUUUCAUGGGACACAAAUGAAGACCGUCUUAAGGAGUAUUUCCGGAAUUUUGGGGAAGUUUUAGAAGCUGUCAUAAUGAAGGAUCGGGCCACGGGUCGUGCUCGUGGCUUUGGUUUUGUUGUUUUUGCUGACCCUGCUGUUGCUGAGAGAGUUGUGAUGGAAAAGCACCUUAUAGAUGGUAGAAAUGUUGAGGCAAAGAAGGCAGUUCCUAGGGAGGAUCAAAACACUCUGAACAAAAACAGUGGCAGCAUUAUUGGUUCACCUGGUCCUGCCCGAACAAAGAAGAUAUUUGUAGGAGGUUUAGCAUCUACAGUUACAGAGAGUGACUUUAAGAAGUACUUUGAUCAGUUUGGAGUGAUUACAGAUGUAGUGGUUAUGUAUGAUCACAACACUCAGAGGCCAAGAGGUUUUGGAUUCAUCACCUAUGAUUCAGAGGAAGCAGUGGAUAGAGUAUUACACAAAACCUUUCACGAACUCAACGGUAAAAUGGUUGAGGUCAAGCGGGCUGUCCCCAAAGAGUUAUCUCCAGGGCCAACUAGGAACCAGUUAGGAGGAUUUAAUUAUAGUCCAAGUAGAGUCAGUAGCUUCCUCAAUGGUUACACUCAGGGAUACAAUCCAAGUUCUGUUGGAGGCUAUGGAGUUAGAAUGGAUGGUAGGUUUAGUCCUGUUACUGUUGGACGGAAUAACUUUUCUCCAUUUGGUACUGGAUAUGGGAUGGGAUUGAAUUUUGAGCAGGUGUUGAACCCAAGUUAUGGGGGAAAUUCAAACCUCAGUUCUAAUGCUGGCUAUGGACGAGUAAGUCCUUCAUAUAGUGGAAAUGCGAGCAGGUACAGCAACCCCAUUGGAUUUAGUGGAGGCAAUGGUGGAAGUAGUUCUGUCUUAAAUUCAACUGCUCACUCUUUAUGGGGAAAUGGAAGUAUUAAUCUUGCUCCGAACACCACAAACUCCAGUGCUUUUAUGGGCUCUGGAACUGGGAACUCAGGAAUGGGUUCUUUUGGCAGUAUUGGAGCACUUUGGGGUUCCUCCGUUAACUCUGGCCAAGGUGGAGGAGUUGGCUCUGUCAACAGCAGUGGCAAUCUUAGCUUUGGCGGUGGAGAUUUCGAUAUUGGUCUAGGAGGGUUAGGGUAUGGAAGAAACAGUAGGACAGGCGUUGCACCGACAUCAUCUCAUGCUGCAUCUAUUGGCGGAUAUGAAGAGGCUUAUGCAGACUUUUAUGAGAAGGGUUCAUUAUAUGGGGAUUCCACAUGGCAAUCUUCACCUUCGGAGCUGGAUGUGUCUGGCUCAUUUGGUUUUGGGCUUGGAAAUGCAGCUUCUGAUGUGAUGACUAAAAAUUCUGGUGGUUAUGUUGGGGGUUAUAGUGUUGCUAAUAGACAAUCAAAUAGAGGCAAGUAUUCCUUCUCUCCUCUUCCCCCCUCUUUAUGUUGA